AUGAGCCGUUUUCAAUGGCUAUGUUUCAGUAUUUCUCUUCUAUUUUCUUUCAAAAAUGUUCACAGUUUCAAUUGUACCAGCGAACAAACCUUGUGCAGUGUAAGUUCACAAAAGUCUGUAUCACAUAAUACAUUUUUUUGGUCAGGUUUGCAAGGAAUUUGGAACAAAUGAUGGGGUGAAUACAUUUUAUGCCGAUUCACUUUGCUCUAUCUAUCUAGAAAUUUCUGAUGCAAACAUGACUAAUGAGGAAAUUCCAAUCAAAUGUGAACAACUAUUCAACAGAUUCACAAGUAUUCAAUGAACUAAAAAUUCUGUCAAAAUUUCAACUUUUCAGAUUCCUCCUGUCAGCUAGCAGUUAUUCCAGACGUUGAUAUUCUUGGAUCAUAUUUAGUUUACGGAAUCAGAUCGGUAAUUUUUCAGCGAAAAUUUGAUAAAAAAAUAGAUUUUUGAAGACAAACCACAGUAUGCUUUUGGGGUUGGAACGUGAAAAUUGUACAAAAACUUGGAAUUGGUAUUCGCGUUUGACGAAUGAUACAUUUCUUGCUGGAAUCGGAGAUGCAUCGGAAAGUUGUGAAAUCAGCCAAGGAGCUUUUAUUGGAUAUGAACUUGUUCGCAUUGAUCCUACUGACUUUUAUCCGACUGGAGUUUUGUGUCAAUGUUGUAGGUUUUCGGGCGGAGAUCAAAAGAUGUUUUUCUAGAGAAUUUUCAAAAUUGUUCGAAAAAAUCAAACAAAAUGCUUUUUUGAAUAUAUAGAAAAACGUUUAAUAAAAUUCUUUUUUAGAUGUAAACAAUUUUCUGUUUAACCCAAUCUUUCAUUUUUUCAGCCGAAUAUGUCUCAUUUCUCCCAUCAACUGAACCCGAAUCAAUUGAAAGUGAUUUAUCAACAGAUUUACUAACAAUUUCAACAGUUAUCUUAUUAA